CUAAAAACAAGAUAAGCGUGACGUUGGUACUCCAUCCAACUCGACAUUUUUAUUCUAGUACAUCCUCAACAUUGCUUUUUCCCAGCCUGGUGAUAGCAGAGACCGCCGUCCACUUUCUUGUCAACCUCAGCAUUACUUCUCCCAGACACAUAAAAGUGGUGAGAAGUUUUCCCGUCCAGAGGGCUCUUUGUUUUUGCCCGUCGGUUACAAUUGCUUACCAGGAUUUAUUAUUAGGCUGGCCGCGGACACCAUCACCGCCUCGUUGAAAUAUCUCCGCACCCUACCACUUCCUUCACCUACUCAACCAGAACUACAAUCUAGCAGAACAAGAAACACAUCCAGGCAAAAUGGGUGACGCUUUGGACCAUCUCGCCAACCGCACCAAGUUGGAAUGGGGUUGCAACCUCAAUAUCAACUACCAGCCCAAGAAGAACCACCGCAGAACAAGCAUCAUCUGCACUAUUGGUUCGUAGCAAGACGCUGGGGAGACAAUGGAACACGUUGGGUUGACAAGUUGUCUCUAGGUCCCAAGACCAACUCUGCUGAGAAGAUUACCAUGUUGAGAAAGGCUGGUCUUAAUGUGGUCCGGAUGAACUUCUCUCACGGUUCAUAUGAGUAUCACCAAUCCGUCAUUGACAACGCACGACAAUCUGCCAAGGACUACGAUGGUCGCCCUGUUGCCAUCGCCCUCGAUACGAAAGGACCAGAGAUCCGAACCGGAAACACCCCUGGGGACAAGGAUAUCCCGAUCAAGGCUGGGCUCGAGCUGAACAUCACUACUGAAGACAAAUAUGCUACUGCCAGCGACGACAAGAAUCUCUUCGUUGACUACAAGAACAUCACCAAGGUUAUUGACACUGGCAAAUUGAUCUAUGUGGAUGAUGGCAUCCAGUCAUUUGAAGUUCUCAAGAUUGUUGACGACAAGACCAUCCGUGUGCGUGCACUCAAUGACGGACAGAUCUCCUCCCGCAAAGGUGUCAAUCUGCCCGGCACCGACGUUGAUCUGCCCGCUCUGUCUGAAAAGGAUAUUGCGGACCUCCAAUUUGGUGUCAAGAACAAGGUCGACAUGAUCUUUGCUUCCUUCAUCCGUAGAGGUGAGGAUAUCAAGCAUAUCCGCAGAGUUCUUGGCGAUGCAGGCAAGGAGAUCCAGAUCAUUGCCAAGAUCGAGAACCAGCAAGGCAUGAACAACUUCGACGAAAUCCUCGAGGAGACCGACGGUGUCAUGGUUGCCCGUGGCGACUUGGGCAUCGAGAUUCCUGCUGCAAAAGUCUUCAUCGCACAGAAGAUGAUGAUUGCCAAGUGCAACAUGAAGGGCAAGCCCGUCAUUUGUGCGACCCAAAUGUUGGAGUCCAUGACGAACAACCCUAGACCGACUCGUGCUGAGGUUUCGGAUGUUGCCAACGCUGUUCUUGACGGUGCUGACUGUGUGAUGUUGUCUGGUGAGACUGCCAAAGGCAACUAUCCCAAAGAGGCCGUCACAAUGAUGCAUGAGACCUGUUUGUUGGCAGAGGUUGCCAUCCCCUAUGCCAAUGUAUUCGAUGAGUUGAGGACUACCUGCCCUCGCCCUAUUGAUACUGCCGAGUCAAUUGCAAUUUCUGCUGUUGGUGCCAGUAUGGAAUUGAAUGCUGGUGCAAUCCUUGUUCUCACCACCAGCGGACAAUCUGCCCGACUCUUGUCCAAAUACCGUCCAGUGUGCCCCAUUAUCAUGGUAACACGGAACGCCACUGCAUCCCGAUACGCCCACCUUUAUCGAGGAGUCUACCCUUUCUUGUUCCCUGAGCCAAAGCCCGACUUCCGUGGUGUGGACUGGCAACAGGAUGUCGACAGGCGUCUCAAAUGGGGUAUUGCUAAGGCCAUCAAGCUCGGCGUCCUCGGCCAAGGCGACAGCGUUGUGUGUGUUCAAGGAUGGAGAGGCGGCCAGGGCCAUACCAACACCAUCCGCGUCGUGCCCGCAGAAGAGGACCUGGGUCUUGUUGAUUGACUAGCCGCUGGGGAGUUUUUCAACACACCAACAAGAUCGAAAAAGUCUGUCGAUGGUCCUUCAUCACCACAAUCGCCGACACCCCCGCAGUCUCCAUCGAGUCGUAGAUGGAUUGAGCGAGACCUACAUCGGCGACAAAUGAGUCUAGGAUAGAUGUUUAUGCUUGAUGGCGUUGCAGGACGUGCCAAAUCACGAAGUCGGGCGGGGCGAACAUGAUUGUUAUUCCAAAAUGGAGGGUGCAAGUAGUUGUUCAUCACGAAAUAGCGUAUCGGUAUUCAAAAAAGCUUGGGUUGAUUUACUAGCGAAGCACACGAACGAGUUUUUGAGAUCAAUACGUGUAUAUGUAAGCCAGUGAUUAAUCCUUUUUUCCAGUCACCGCACCUGGC